AUGGAGAUUAUUUUCGAAUCUGUGCCCCAAGAGGUUGUUGAUGAGAUUUCUGCAAGCAUUUUGGAUAUCACAUUUAAUCAUCUGAGGACCGUUAAAAUUUAUGGUGUACUAUUAGAAGAGGUUGACAUGUGGCUUAUCAAGGUUUUAUUGGCAAAGUCUGCAGCACUGGUGAAAAUGAUUGUCAUGCCUCCAGAUGAACAAGGACUUAGUUUACCUUCUCCUGAUCGACUUAGCAACCUUGACAUUCAUUUAAUCGAUGACAUUCUAACAUUAAGGCAUUUGUAUCUCAAGGAAUGUGAAAUACAGCUUCCAUGUUUCUUUAAGGGAUUUAAUAAGUUGAUUAGGCUAAUAUUGAAAUCUGUCACAUUAUCUUCUGAUACGUUUGAAAGUCUGAUCUCUUAUUGCCCGUUGCUUGAGGAUUUGGUGCUAAAAGACAUAGACAAUCCGUACUUCAUGAGUAUUAAUGCUCCGAAGCUAAGGUCAUUUGUCUUUCGUGGCGAUAUACAAUUGAUUCAUCUUGAAAAUGUCCCUGUUCUUUCAAAUGUUCUGUAUGCGCCUAGAGAAUUAGUUCUAGAGGACGAAGAUGAUUUUGUCAAUAUUUUUUCGUCUAUUCCUUCUCUCGAGUGUUUCAGCUGGGAUCAUUUUGAGGUAGAUAAUGGAUCAACUAAAGUUAUACCAACAAGGCUCCCAUCAGUUCUUAACUGUCUGAAACGCCUAUUCAUGUCUUGGAUUACUCUUGGAGAGUUUUUUGAGCUUUCGUUUGCUCUUUUCAUAAUACGGAGCUCUCCAAAUUUUGAAGAAAUUGAAAUUAAGGAAUGUAUCCUUAGUGAUGGAGAUUAUUUCGAAUCUGUGCCCCAGGAGGUUGUUGAUGAGAUUCCUGCAAGCUUUUCGGAUAUCACAUUUAAACAUCUGAGAACAGUUAAGUUUUAUGAUGUACUAUUAGAAGAGGUUGAAAUGCACCUUAUCAAGGUUUUAUUGGCAAAGUCUCCAGCACUGGUGAAAAUGGUAAUCAAGCCUCAUCAAAUGGAAACUAACAAAUCUCUCAACGUACUAGCGGAGAUAAAAAAGUUUCAACGGGCAUCAUCUAAAGCAGAAGUCGUGUAUCUUGUUGAUUAG